AUGAUCAGUUCUAUUGACUUUAACGUCUUAUUAGUCUCAUCGUCAGUGGUAGGAUGGUAUUUCCUCCACAUUGUAUGGGCAAGGCCCUAUUUCGAUAAUAUGGUAUCUCUUUCUUUUGAGUCAGUUCUAUUAUUCUAUUAGUUUACCAAUACUAAUUAAUCCUGAAUACUGACUCAUUUAGUCUCAUGUUUACCUCUUGUUUCUGAGGUUUUGAUCUCUAUUUGUUUUGUGUUUUUCUGCGUGUUCAAGUCUAUGACUUUAUCUGUUGUAUGUAUAUAGUUUAUGUAAGACUUUCUAAUGUCUCUUUAAUGUUUUGUGUUUAAAUGUUUAUCUGUUGUGUUCAGUUCUAAUGGGGGCGAUUAUUAAUAUCUUAGUCUUUGGCUUUAGCUUAGCUUUUUGAGUCAGGUUGAUCGCCACAGUGUUGAGCGUUGGUCGGGGCUCUCACAUUCAGUACUGAUGUACUCACGUACUACUAUGUACUACUAUAUACUACUAUGUACUACUAUGUACUACUAUGUACUACUACUACUGUUUUUUUCAAGCGAGUGUCUGCUCUUUAAAUGUUUGAAUGUUUAAUAAAUGUUGUGGUAUCCUUACAUAUAUUUCUUCACUUAUAUUAUUGCUUUAGCUUUGGGGGUAGCUUUGCUACCUGGCGCCCAAUUCUUUUAAAUCUUCAUGCUAGCCCACCCCACUCUCCGCACCUCUGCAUAGCUAGCUCUUUAAACCCAAUCUAAGCUUAUAUUUUUGGCGCCCAACGUGGGGCCUUUCUCUUUUGUGUCUGGAUACUCAACAUUUGUUUGCAUUGCCUUAACAUUUCUCAUUUCUAGCUUGUUUAUUACUUGAGUUAUUUGUGUAAUUGCUCUAUUAGCUUUACUAUUGUUCUCUGUGUUUUUCAUGUCUUCAUCUUGCUGUGUCGGAGUGGAGGGCUUUCACGCCUUGCAGCUGAAGAUACGCCUAAUUUAGUUGGCAGAAGAGGAACUCUGGCGCCGGACCGUCCCGGGGCCGCUCUUCUCCAUUCUUUUUGCAUCUUUAUUGCACCUUAUCGCUUCACUAUUUGGACCCUUCGGUAUCGUGAGUACACAGCUGCACCAUGUCGACACUGGACGUCAAUUCUCUUUUGAAACCUGAGCUGCAGUAUGAGCUGCUUUCACGGGGUAAACUCGUGGAAGGUUGCAAUGUCGAGGACAUGCGCUCACGCCUUCGCAAGGUCCUUCUUAAGGAGUCAUCUGGGGGGCGCAUCUAUACUCGCUACAUACCUGAUCCUGUUUCUGAACUCUCAACUUGUCUUUCCCUUCUCGAGUCCCUUUCUACUUCCGAUCUCUCUAAUUCUCGACGCGUUAGCACCCUCUACCACCAUAUUUUGGGCCGGUUGUUGGUCCUUUCUGCCAUGCAGGAUAUUUCGCCUCUCUCCCAAGGUCAGGUGAUUGAGGUUUUGAAUAGGUUGGAUGAAUUCCGCCAACAGAUGAGAGGGACCUCCUCUAUACACUUGCAGCAAGUUCUGCUUGACCGCUCUCAUGACAUUCGUGUUAGACGAGCCGAACCUUCUGCUUUAACUGAUCAGUCCAUAGAUUUGGGUCUGUCGGAGUUUGCUUACCGUGACCGCCCACUCGGCGCGUUUGCUAUGUCCCUUGUCGGGGAGCCUUCGAGUAAGUCUACCCCGCUCACUUCUCAUUCCUUAGGGGCUUUGCCUAAGGGGAAGGGAGCUGCCCUUGUACUUUCUGAUUCAGACAGUGAUCAUGAAUUAGACUUUGUGAGUCGUCAUAAGCUUCAAUCUGGUCCUUCGGAGGUACGCAAAACUUUUGAUUUUGAAAUGGAACAGAGCCGUCGCCUUCUGCAAAGCCUCGCGAACCGCGAACGUGAACUUACCCUGAACCUUGACCUUGAGCGUGAACGCGAAAAGGAGAGGGACUUAGCUCUUGAGAUGGAGCGUAGGGCGAAACGGGAACGCGAACUUGCGUUAGAACGUGAACUCGCGGCCUGGCGCGAGCGAGAGCAACAACAAAAGCAGCAAGAGAGGGAGUUAGAGGAGGCUCGGCAGCGUGUCCGAGAAUUGGAGCGGACCCGCCUCCUGGCAGAUGAUCGUGACCGUGACACCUCGCGCUUCGAAACUGACCCUCGCAUCGAAGCCCUGCAGAGACAGCUUGCCGCUUUACAGUCUCAACUUUCUUUCUCUGGUUCCUCAGCUUCUUCAAAGGGGGCUCAAAUGUAUAAAUGGGACAUCAAGUUUAGCGGUGCGAAAUCUGAAAGUGUUUUCAGUUUCCUCGAAAAGGUAGAAGAUAGAGCCACUUCACGGCAGGUGUCCGAGAGUGCUCUCCUGAAAGGUGCUGGGGACCUGUUUUCAGGCUCAGCCCUUAUUUGGUAUCGCUCUGGAGUUGAGCGAGGCAUAUUUACCUCUUGGCCGCGACUUGUUGAUUCCCUGAAAAAGACUUUCUUGCCUCAGGAUUGGGAGGAUCUCUUGCAAGAGGAGAUUAGAGAUAGGAAGCAAGGGGCGGAGGAGAGUAUAGAUAUUUACGUGGCUUGUAUGACAAAGAUGUUCUCUCGCCUUACCUACCCCCCUUCCCCUAUUACUAAGCUUAAACAAAUCUGGAAAAAUUUGCAUCUGUAUUACCUUGAUCGUAUCCCUCUCCCUAGUGUGGCGUCGGUUGAGGAUCUUUUAGAGAAGGGACGCAUUGUUGAGUACUCGCGACAGAUAGCCGACCGGCGUAAGUCGAGUGACUCGAAACCCACCACCCUUAUUGAUCCAGAUUUGGCCUACCGGCAGAAAAAGCCUAAGGUGUCAACUGUUGAUACUCCCUUGCAGUGCUAUAAUUGUAGGAAAGUUGCAAACCAUAGAGCUAUCGACUGUCCUGAGCCUAAAACAAAGUAUUGUUAUCGUUGUGGGAAACCCGAUGUUAUCACUCGGGAUUGCCCGAAGUGUAACCCAAAAAACGAAUGAGUACCUCGCCG